UCGUUUCAAUCCCGUGCGAGCUUGCAAUAUGCCAGUUGCGACGCCCAGAACACAAACCCACGAGUGAAGAGAAAAAAUCAAUCGAUUUGAAGAUAAUCGAAGCUAGAAAAUGCUGAAUGUAAUCUUUGAAGUUGCAAAUAUGAAGAAGCUUAGCUUCCUCUUUUUCUUUAUCUGUAUCUUGAUAUCUCUCAAGAACCAAAAUGCAGAGACCAAGAAAGGUUCUUCGACUUUUUGCACUGCAACCAAUAGGUUUCCUUCUUCCUGGGAUUUGUGUCCUUCAUUAUUCUUGUCUAUGGAGGAUGAAGAAGAUGGCCAUUCUCGGGGCUCACUGUCGUAUGAUUUUUACCGUAAUUCCUGCCCACAAGCUGAGAACAUCGUUCGAGAGUUGGUUCGGGAUAUUAACAGAGUCAAGUCCAGUGUCGCUGCUGCUCUCUUGAGACUUGCCUUCCAUGAUUGUUUCAUUGAGGGGUGUGAUGCUUCUAUUUUACUGGAUCCUGCUGGAGGCUUAAAAUCUGAGAAAGAAUCAUCACCCAAUCUAAAUCUGAAAGGAUUUGAUAUAAUUAACAAAAUAAAGUCACAGAUUGAAGAAGUAUGCCCUGGAGUUGUUUCUUGUGCUGAUAUUGUUGUUUUAGCGGCCAGAGAAGGUGUUGUUCAGAGUGGUGGUCCAUUCUAUCCAGUGUUCACUGGCAGAAGAGAUUCUACUCAUUCUUUCCCAGAUGAGGCGACAUUGAAGCUUCCUUCACCCCAAGCUCAGCUACCUGAAACCCUUGCAUCUUUUGCAUCUAAGGGAUUUGAUCAAAGAGAAACUGUCAGUCUCUUGGGUGGUCACAGCAUUGGAAUGAUCCACUGCAAAUUUUUCAUUAACCGUCUCUACAACUAUAAUGGGACUAAUAAACCUGAUCCUUCUCUCGAUACUCAAUUCCUUAACAUUUUGAGGUUCAUAUGCAACAACAGUUCUGCAUCAUUAGCAGAUUCAUUACCAUCAACACUGGUAGCUCCGUUUGGUUGCUCAAAGUUAUUAUCAAAAGCAUCAUCACCUGACUGUAUGGGAUCACAGUCUUCAACUUCUGAGAAGCCGAGAAGUAGCACACAACUGUCUUCGCUUGAGGAGCCAGGAAUCAAUAUGGCUUAUGAGGGACCUGGAGUAGAUUUUGGCAGAUUGUAUUACCGGACUCUUCUACAAGGUAGAGGAAUCCUAGUUUCCGAUCAACAACUGAUGUCUGGGGAAGAAACUGCCAAAUGGGUGAAUGCAUACGCUUCAGAUGUCUCUCUUUUCCGCCGAGAUUUUGCACGAGCAAUGGUGAAGCUCUCCAAUCUCCAAGUCUUGACAGGUUCAGAUGGACAGGUCCGGGUCAAUUGUUCAAAGAUGGCAUGAGAGAAGGGAAACUCUAUUACUUGUUGAGCUUCCUCUCUACUGGUUUUUGGGGUUCUGUUCUUGCACAUUUGAAAUUUUGAAGAACUCGAAUAGAAUUCUG